UUUUAUCUUCAACUCCUAUUCUACCCUCACCUUCACGCUUUGAUCCUUCUUCUGCAAACCCAGUUUCGUAAUUUCUGUUCCAAAAUUCUCACAAACUCAAGACCUAUAUAUAGAAAGUUAGAAACCAUUAAAAAAAACACACAACUCUCAUCUUAUCGAAUCGAUUCUUUUAAUCUAAUGUCGUCUCAAGAAACAAUAUCAGAUCAGAGAGAAGGAGCCGAGAUCUGCAAUGGAGGAUCAAUCUGCAAGAAAAAAGCCGACGAGAUCUUAUCUACCAUGAAUCUACCAAAAGGGCUCCUCCCUUUAGACAACAUGACAGAGAUCGGACACAACAAAUCAACCGGUUAUGUCUGGAUCAAGAUGAACAACAAGGUUCAGCAUCGGUUUCAAGCAAUCGGACGAAACGUAUCGUACGAUUCUGAGGUCACUGCGUUCGUCGAGAACCGUCGGAUGCGUAGGCUCACCGGAAUCAAGAGCAAGGAGCUUCUGCUUUGGGUUACGAUCUCUGAGAUUUUUGUUAACGAUCAAGAUCCGACGAAAAUUACUUUUGCUAAUCCGACGGGACUGUCACGGACUUUCCCCGUCAAUGCUUUCGAGGAAUAAAAGAGAAUUGAUUUGUCAACGUUCUUGAACUUUGCUUAUUAGCUAAAUCAUAUUUCUUUCGCUUUGCUUACCUUAAUUAUCUAAUCAAUGUAUUGUUUCCCUUUUUUUUUCUCCAAGAUAUCUGUAUUAUCCUAUCUGCAUCUUUCCAGUUAAAAUACUUAUGAAACUAAUGUUACAAAAUAAUUAAAUUUAGU